GUAUUAUUUUAUCUAUCUGUUUGUAUAGGUGCAUAUACACAAUGGAUAGCUUGAAAAUACUUUUUCUUGUCAUGCUAUGGCAAGUGGACAGCGUAGGUGCGAAGAAGCUUCUUAGUGAGAGAGCCAACACUUUGAGGUCAACAGAAAAAUUGAUAGUGUAUAUAAAACUUGGGAAUGAUGAGGUUUGUGCUGGUGUACAAAUUUCUGAUGCUUGGAUACUCACUCUUGCUGACUGUGUCGAUACUAAAAUCAAGCUCGGAAAGUACAGUAUCAAAAAUCAAGAUGGUUCAAAACAGGUCAUUGCUGAAGACAGGGACUCCGUUGGCGAAGAAUUCGUCCUUCUUCAGAUUAGGACAACUAAGGAAACAAAAACUAAAUUUGCAAAACUUUCUAACUUAAGAUUGCCCUCACCCGACUACGAUUAUCAGCUCUACAGUAAAGACGAGGCCGAUAAAGUAACUGCAAAUGAUGUUGUAUUUGUCAGAGGCAAUCAGUGUGUGGCGAAAGGCAUUGAAGGCAAUUUUGGAAAGACACACAAAUGUUUUCAAGUCAACAUAGGCAAAACUACUAAAUGUUUCCCGGGAUACCCAAUAUUUGGAUCGAAGAAAAACACAAUUAUGUUGCAAGGAUUAACAGUAGCAUCAUCAGAUUCUUGCUCAUCAUCGCUUUAUUCAUAUGCGGUCAUAAAACCGCAAGUGAGCUGGAUAAAUACGGUCAUUUUGGAUUGUGGCUCAGUCGAAAACAUUAAAAAUGGACAGGUUUCUCUCGACAAAAAAUCAAAAACGUCCGUUGGAGCUACGGCGACUAUUGAAUGCGAUCCUGGUUAUCAAGCAAGUCAGCAGAAAAUUGUCUGCCUAAAAACCGGUAAAUGGCAAAAAUCCAUUUGCGCAAAAAAAGACUGUGGUCCUGUAAAAAACAUUGUACGUGGACGAGUCAUCCUUGACAAAACAAAAACGUCGACAUAUGGAGCAACAGCGACAGUAAAAUGCAGCCCUGGUUAUAGAGCAAAUCAAGAGAAAAUAGUUUGUUUAGAUACCGGAAAAUGGGAAACAGCAAGAUGCAAACUCAAAGAUUACAAACAAUGCCAAUUAGGAAACAAUCGUAUGACAUUUAAAUCUGGUGUGUAA